GAAGUUAUAUCGUAAAACAUUUCGCCAUCUCCUGUCGUAGUUACAUUUUGUUUGUUCCUAGAACUUUUCUGCAGAUUCAUCUUGAUAUUAAUUAUCAUGUACCCACACUAUUUAGUGACCUAAUAAUCAAAGCCAAUGUAACCUAUUUUAACAUAUCCUGGUGAACUCUGCUCCCUAAAAAAAAAUAUUAAGUAACCGAGAAACAUUACAGAAUAUAACAUUUGUUUAUAUUUCAAACAUCCGCGGUCUAAGCUUCAAUUGAUAGAAGGCAAAUCUCCCUUCCUCCUCCUGCAGUACUCGUCGUUAAUAUUAACACAUAUCAUGUUGUGAUUAAGUAAACAUGGGAACUUCACUGGAAAAAAACCCGAUCAGUUUAGUAAGAAAAUAAUGCAUGUGGCAGGAGAUGAAUUAGGCUUGAAACAUAAAUCAAGAUAGCUUAGCCAGAAUGUCUGAACUUCACAACAAUCCAAAAGCUGAUGUCAUGGCAUCUGGAGCCAAGAUCCCAGUGUCUGCCAUUCCAGGUAUUGGACAACAAAAUGAAGCUUCAAAUAUACCAAUUCUCAUGAAUGUUGAUGAUAUGUAUGAAGAAAAUUUAUCUGAUACUGAAGAAUGUUUUGUUUUAGUUGAUGAUCGUAGUGUUCGUGUUAUGUCUGGCAGCUCAAGCGUUCAGCAACUGUUAUCCAGCCAAGAACCUUCCAUCGGUGUUGGUGCUGAAAAGACAGUUCAGGUGAUGCAGAUGGAUGGGAGCAAAGCCUUAGAGUUAAUGAGUGACAAGAACAGGGAGACAAUUGAAGUGGUACAGAUGAACGAUGCCAGCACAGUUGAGGUUCUUCCUAUGGAAGAUGGAAAAACAGUUGAAGUUGUGCAAAUGGAUGCCGGUGAUAAGACUCUUGAAGUUAUGCAUGUUGAUGCUGUGAAGCAUUCAGAAGUAAUUCAUGUUGAUGGCAGCAGUAGCAUUGAACUACUUAGUGUUGGGGCUUCUUUAAAAGGUCCAUCCUUAACAAGUGCUUCUCCAACAGUAUAUCAGAAGAAUAAAGAGAAAUAUAUCUUUUCAAGUCAUGGAUGUGAAACAUCAACCACUUCCUUUUCAGGGAAGAGACAAACUAUGUCUGAAAGCGUUCCAAGCUCUGCAGCGUUAAGCCUUAAUUCCCUGACUCAUGUAAACUCUUCUUUUGUUCUGACUACUCCCAAAAAUAGCUUGCUCUCUGGGCAUCAGUUUUCCCAUAUGCCAAGCAUAACUACAUUAGUUUCUAGCAGGCAGUCUCAAGUUUUGGAGAAUGAUCUAGAAAGCAUCACUCAGGUUACUCCAAGUAUUAUUUUGUCAAACAAAAGUAAAGGCAUGGCAAGCAAUGUGGAUGGAUUAGAUAAUACUAUUAUAAUAUCAUGGCCUACAGUCUCUUCCAAAGUGGAUAAUUCUGUUGAAACUCAGACUGAACCAUAUUCUGGAAGUGGACCCAGUUUGAACUUAUUUCUUUGUACUUUCCAUCAAGAUGGGAGUGCUGAAACUCAGUGUGAUAUGCCAGUACAAAGAAGUAUUAGUGUCUCAACCAACGGGGGAGGUGGAAGCUUUGUAACCAAAAUUUUGAACAACUCUACAGGAGGUGGUGGCAUCCAAGGUGUAAAGCUAGAAAAAAAGGAAGCUGAAUCUUUACACUCAGGUAUGAAAUUAUCAAGAAAUGGGCAGCCUUUCAAACUUAAAGAAUCCCUCUACAAGACAUCGGCAGACUUUCUCUGUAAACCUGAAGAUUAUAACUUUGAUUUAGAAGGAAAUGAAGAUCAGAAUUGCAAUUAUGACAACAUAACAACAGUUAGGAAGAAAAGAGGUCGCAAAAAGAAAAAACGCUACCCAUCCAAUGAUGAUUAUGAUUAUGACAUGGUAUUUGAAAAUAAUUGCAGUGAAGAAAUAAAUGAAAAUAAAACAGACACAUUAGAAGAAAAUGAAAUUUGUAUUAAAGAGGAGCCAGUCGACAACGAAGAUGAGAUGGCCCUCAAUAUUUUAAAGACGAAAGGUUAUGGUUUGAGAACGAAGCGUAGGAUAAAGAAACUAAGUGAUAUGCAUUACAUGGAGGAAAAAGUUGUAAAGAAGAAAACUGAAAGAACUCAACAUUUCUCUUGUCAGUGGUGUAGUGAUGUAUUCCCAACUUUCACCAAGCUUCAACGACAUGCCAAAGAAGAACAUGAUUCUACAGACUUUGCUUUCCCAUGUGAUCUUUGUGGAGUAGUUUUCACAAGACCCCAUAAUCUAGAGCGACACAAAGAUACAAAGCAUGGUGAUGGUGAAAAGCGUUUUGCUUGUGAACACUGUGGUCGCAGAUUUGGUAGACAAGAUGUUUUAUCAGUUCAUAUUUCAAUGGUUCAUUUUAAAAAGUCUUUGCAAGGUAAAUCAGCAACUUCAGUGUUUGAUCCAAAUACUUUUCACUGUACAGGAUGUGAUCAGUUUUUUUCUAAAGAACAAAAGCUUAAAAAUCACAGGCAAGGAGACCUGUCAUGUAGUGAUUGUAAGUUAACUUUUGAAUGCAAGGCUUCACUUAGAGCUCAUCAGUACAAGCAUCAUCCAACAUCAUGCAGUGAAUGUGGAAAACUUUGUGAUAGUAAACAACAAAUGUAUUUGCACAGAAUGUCUCAUGAUCCAAAAUAUGUGUGUGAUAUUUGCCAGAAAGGAUUUUUGUGGAAAUCUCAAUUUGCUGUUCACAUGUCAACACAUACUGGGGAAAAAACAGUAUCAUGUAAUAUUUGUGGUAAAUCAUUUGCUCACAGAUUAGCUGUAAACAAACACAAGUGGCAAGAACAUGAUGAGAGCAACAAGAAAUUUAAGUGUCAGACAUGUGGUAAAUGUUUUGUGUAUAAAGGCAAGCUCCAGGCACAUAUGCGAUCACACACAGGAGAGAAGCCAUUCAUUUGUCACUUGUGCUCUGCGUCAUUUUCACAGCGCUGCAAUUUAACUGCUCACAUACGAAGUGUGCAUGGUGUUUAUAUUCAAUCUAUCAAAAGUGAUGGAACAACGCAGACACAGUUGGUGAAGUAUAAACGUGUUAAAAAGCAGCCACCUUUGGAAGCACAAUCAACUGUAGUUAAUGCAGUUAUGACGCACUCAGUCGAAACAUCUGUCCCAGAACAGCCACAAAUAGCCAUCCAGGAACAAGUUCAAAUGUCAGAUUCAUUUGAAACUGAAGCAGCUGUAUACCAGAUUGUGUAUGCAUAUCAACAAUAAUUGUUCCUAUGGGAAUAUAAACUGUGGCCUUUUAUACUGGAGUACACUAUCUUUCAGUGUGAGCUAGAAGCCAGUUGAAACUCUGUAACAAGGUGGUUAACAGAUGGGAGGUGGUGGGCGAGUCAGGGAUUAUCUCACGCACUGACAGUCAAACUCACUUUUUAUUUUGGCUACAAAUGAGAAUAGAUGUCUACCCUUUGCUGCCCUGACUGUUGGUUGAGAACUUGGAUUUUGAAUGAGUAUUCUGUCAUUCCAAUUCUCUUUUGUUUAAAUACAUUUAUUGUGGCUUUGUUUAAAUAUAUUUAUUGUUGCAGAGUAAAAACUUGCACUGUUAUUACUGAGAUAUGGCUGCCUGUUUUGGCAGUUAUGUCUCCGGUAAUAAUUCUCUAAUUAUUUUGUUGCAAGAGAGUUCCCUGUUAAACUUCUUGCUAAAAGUUGUAUGGGAUUCUCCAGGAACAAAGCAGCUUCUAAUGAGGAGUUCUUCAACAGCUGUGAUGUUCUCGGACUUACAAUGUCAUAAUAGUGACUUCUCAGGUGUCUGUAUGUCUGUAUGGCUUAGCCAUUAUGGAAGUUCUUGUGGAGGUAUUGUUAACAUAUGAUUAGGUAGUCCUUUUGUUGUCACCUUCCUAAUGUAACAUGGCAGAGGUAGAAGGCCUUCAUGAUUUCCUGAGGUAGAUAUUGGUAGUCUUGGCUUGAUUGAAUGCUACAUUAGAAAAGAGGUUUCUGCUUGCAGUAGUCCAUCCUGGAGAUUCUGAUGGAUGUGACAAAGAUUUUGGUUCUUGACUCAACCAAUCCUGGAGUAUGAGGGGAGUAAGGGCAGCAGAAGGAUGAGUAAAAGAGCUGUUAGUGUUCUUCUUUGAUAGGAAAUCUUGAUAGGGUUCUUCUACAAUCUCAACCCCUCAGUAGAGGACAGGGGUACCUAAUCACCAGCGGUGAUCAACUUUCCCCAGGUAGGGUCAAUACCAACAUGCUAGCCUGUGGCAGAGAGGUAUCAAGCCAAUCCGAUCUAGGCUGCAACUCCCCAGGCAUACUGCACUGUAUCCCUGCAGUCCAGCCAUGGACAAUUAGGAGGCAUGACAGUGUGGUAAAAUUCUUAAAAUCUAAGGCACAGGAGGCAGGUUAUGAGUGUCGGAUAGAACCGCGGCUGAGCACGAGAGAGGGCUUAAGGAAGCCAGACCUCGUUGGAUGGAAGGAGGCUGGCUCAAUGGUGAUUGAUGCGCAGGUGGGAGCAGACUCAAACAUCAAUAGUAUUGACGUUGUCCAUGCACUCAAGAUCGCAAAAUAUAGUACACCUGACAUCAAGAGGAGAAUAGAGGACAUGACAGGAACACGUCCCACCAUAGAGGCAGCAACUGAAAUUGGAGAGGCAUCCUGUCACGACAACCAUCUGUGUGUGCCAGCAGCUCAGCAUGAAGGCCCCCGACAUAGAGCUGCUCUCUGUUAAGAUCAUUGAGGGCGGCCUUAGUAUUUGAGUGGAGAUAGUACGGUAUACUGAAAGGUUGUAGGUUGAAAGAUAAAGUUAUGAUAAACCUUUAGAAUUAAGCCCCUUCCACACAAGGGGCAAAUGCACAGCGGGCAGACACUGUUACCAAUUUUGCAAGUGGAUGGCAAUUAUAAGUGUAGUCCAAGUCAUAGGUUCACCUGCCUUGGAUUGUUUGAUCUGGUAACACUUUAAAAGCGAGAGAAUUAUGGGCAAAUCAGAUUGCCCGAUGUGUCUUUGCCCAUCAUGUUUAAUGGGCGUAAGUCUCUCAAAUUGUUUUUAAUAGCUAGCUAUGAAUAGGGAACCUAUGUAAAUGAGGUAAAAGCGAUUAAGGUUAUAUUCGGUGGUGGUAAACAACUUGAUUGUAAAUGUAUGGUUAAUGUAAGCUUAUUUAAUAAAAAAUCUGUCUCCUGCCAUCUUGUCUCUCAGUGAGCUCUCAGGUUCUCAUUGAGUUGAGGCUGUUUUGGCUCGUUCACCUGGUGUGCAAGUCCUCCCCCCCAUUUCUACAACUCGGUCACAUACCGGGUCUGUGGAUUGGGUUUAUCUCUAACACCAGGGUAAAUUACUCUUUUUGUUCAUUCAGUCAUAUGAAGUGGAAAGGUGAGCAGAGUGGCUUUCCUCACUGCAGCUGCUCAGGGUCCACAGAGAAGCAUUUGCUUGAUUGGUUUAGUGAAGGGUUACUUGGCUUGUUUACUAGUUAUGACUGGACUGUGUUCAUCAGUGGCAACAAGGAUUAUUGCUUUCUUGGUCUAUCCAUGAUCAAGGUGGACAGAUAAGCAGAGCGACUUCUCAAGACAGCUCCUCAGGGUUGCACAGAGAAGAGUUUGUAUGACUCAUUCAACAGCACAUACCUAGUCUUAGGGUUUGAUUCACCACUGACAAUAGUGCACUGUAUCUGCAUUGUUUCCAUUCUCAAGAUGUUUGUGCUCUCUGGAGCAUGCACAUUGUUUUUAGGAGGUGGCAGAGAUGACUUCUUUGGAGGAGGUGAUUUUACCUGGCAAACUUAACUCUCUCUAAGAUAGAUACAUUAGUUGAGUCUUACUCUAUUCUUUUCUUGCAAUAAGAUAAUGCUUCAGAGUUGCUUGGCGUUGGGCAGACAUGAAGCCCAUCAUUCUUCAUUGAGCAGAAUAGAAAAUUACCUUUUUUUUUUCACUUUCCUUAUGGCAGUGCCAGGAUUGGAGUAGAGGGGAAGAAGGAAGGAGGAUUAGCUAAAGGGAGCUAUUCCCCUUCUCCUUUGCCAUGGGAAAGGAUAACCUCUUGUCUGUAGUGGUGGGUGUAGGGAGCAGAAAUGUUUUCUUAGCAGUUGUUUGGAAUAGCUGGAGGAUUUUUUUGAUACAUUGAACAAAUUCAAUUUUCUUUCCCCAGAUUCACAUAAAUCUUAGUCUUGUCAAUAUGACAGAGUGAUUUUGGUGGAAAGGGGCAUUACAAUUUAUAGAACACUUGUUCUCAGUCUAAUGGUUGAGAUUCCCAUUAGGGAAAACAACCAGGGUUAGAGACCAAUGUUUGACCUCUUUCCCCUUUCAAGUUAUUUACAAACUUGAUGGGUAUGGCUCAAGUACCCAUUCUAGAGAAAGGGGACUUCUUACUUUUGUGAAAACUGAAGAACGAGUACUUUCAAGUGCCCAUUCUUUAUAACAUGGAAAUACUUAACUCUACCAGAUUUGAAAUCAUCUAGUACAGGAUGCUGUUUUGGACUGGUUUUAAGGGUAUUCAUGAAGACCUUAAGUUACAGAGUUGGAGUGCCUUUAAGGGCAUAACUCCUUUAGAUUGUGAUGGAUUUCUCACAUUUUCAUCACAGAUGAGGUUUCCAAUCAGUUAACCCUUAAACGCCGAAGCGGUAUUUUAAAAAUCGUCUCCCGUAUGCCGGCGGCGUUUGCGAGUGAGCGCCGAAGCGGAAAAUUUUUUUUUUUUUUAAAUCACAGCACACUUAGUUUUCAAGAUGAAAAGUUCAUUUUUGGCUCCUUUUUUUAUAAUUGCCUGAAGUUUAGUAUGCAACCAUCAGAAAUGGAAAAAAUAUCAUUAUCAUAUAUAAAUAUUGGGAUAUAUGACCGUGCGAAAAAAAAAUUUCAUAUAAUUGUAUACAAAUCGCGCUGUGAGCAAAACGGUUAAAGCUAACGAGUUAAUUUUUUUCGUUGUAUUGUACACUAAAUUGCAAUCAUUUUGGUAUAUAACACAUGGUAAAACGAUCAAGGCAACACAGAGAAAAUAUUAUCACAAAAUGAUGCAUGAAUUCGUAAUGCGUGGACAUAAAAAAAAGAUGUUUUAAAAAAUUCACCAUAAAUCGAAAUAUUGUGCUAGAGACUUCCCGUUUGUUGUAAAAUGAAGGUAAUUGAUUGAAUACUACUAGACUGUAAGUGUUGUAGCUUAUAAUUGGAGUUUUUGACCAUUUCGGUCAAGUUAAAGUUGACCAAAAGACAAAUUUUUUCUAUUUAUCAUUAUUUAUAUGAAAAUAUUUCAAAACUGAUAAGAGCUACAACCAUGGGUUGUUUUUUUGUAUUCUACAUGAAAUUGCACACAUUUCCAUAUAUAAAACUUUAUGUAACGGAUAAUUUAAAAUGGUGCAAACAUUACGACAAUCGGACGAAAAAAUGUAUGAUUUUUUCUGAAGAGUUACCGCACGGACAUAAGGAAAAAGUUUUUUUCAUAAAUUCACCAUAAAUUGAAAUAUUGUGCUAGAGACUUCCAAUUUGUUGCAAAAUGAAGGUAAAUGAUUGAAUAUUACUAGAAUAUAAGAGUUUUAGCUUACAAUUGCGUUUUUCAACCCUUUCGAUAGAGUCAAAGUUGACUGAAGGUUAAAAUUUUGGCACUUAUUGUGAUUUAUAUAAAAAUAUUUCAAAACUGAUGAUAAAAGUUACAACCAUGAGUUGUUUUUUGCUUUAUUCUACAUGAAAUUGCGCACAUUUUUAUAUAUAAUACUCCAUGUAACGGCUAAUAAAAAAUGGUGCAAAAAUUGUCAAAGUGACAAAAUAAUUUCCGAGAUGUGUCGCUGAUGCUUUUUAGUGCGAGGAGAAAGAAAUUCGCGCUUGCGCGCCUGGAUAACGAUUGUAAACAAAACAACGCCUUGAUCCGUGAGCUCCCAGCAUCCCCCAAGGCGCAUGAUUCAAAAGUUUUUGCCUAGUAGGCCUAUAACUAUUUUUCCACGAAUUUUUAAAAUUUUUUAUAUCGACGUAUAUACGUCCAAUCGGCACCCAACAGACAAUUUAUAUCGACGUUUAAUACGUUCAAUUGGCGUUAAAGGGUUAAGUGAAACCCAACCUUGUCCCCAAGCUACAGGUAAAGUACCCGAGGCCCGAGCUUAAAGACACUCAGGGGCAGCAAGUGCCUUUUAGAUGGCCUCUCAUGUUAAUGAGCUUAAGGAGGUAAUGGCACAGUUCUUGUUCUGGUAGGAACAGCCUUCUUGCCCUGGGUAGGUGAUCCUAGGUCUUCUGUCACCAUGAAGUUGCAUACAAAUGAUUGCAUCAUUUCUGCAUCAUACGGUGCUGAUUUUUGUUUAUUUGUAUGGUGUUUUUACGUUGUGAAGUACUGGUUCAGACUUCUUGCUGCUUCACUUUUUAAAGCAAUGGUUAAGGAUACUCACUUUCUUUUGACAACUGAAACCAGUCUAAGGUUUUCCUUACUCUCUGCCUUCAGUAUUAAUACAGUUUCGGAAGCUUCAGGUUGAGUUUCAUCUAUGGUUUGUGCCUUCUAGUCCAUCUUAUCUGCACUGCUCUGUCCUUGCUAAUUUUGCAGCAAGUUUAUCUUGGUGGGUGUUUAGAAUGGUGAAAGUCUUUUGGUGGUGGAUGAGUGAUUACACCACCAAGACUUUUAAGUUUCAAGUAAGAUGAGCAAUGUCUCAUACUUUACUUCCUUCAGCAUUGCAGAUGCUCAAGUGGAUGAUUUUCUACCGAUGGUUUUGUCUGCAUUAAGCAUUCUGCACAAUGGAAUGUCAUUGCAGUUCAACUCAACUGUCAGUGUCUGGAUGCAGGAACCUUUGCUCCCUGCUUUUCUGAAUAGCAAAGCAGUUUUCAGUAUCUGAGUUCCCAUACUUGAUGAGUAGUGACUAGGAGAGAAUUGUUGGUUUCAGAGUGGGAUGGAGUUAAUUUCCAUCACUUGUAGAGCACUGGAUUAUGUUCAUCACUCUCUUUCCUUAGCUUUUUCAAGGAGUGAUAAAUGUUUCUCAUUCCAUGUUUGCUUGGUCUUGGCAGUUCCUUAUUGCCCUCUGGCCAUGGGGUUUCUUGAUCUGCUGUUUUUCUAGUCAAGGUGCUGUAAGAGUGACCCUGCCCUUUUUCCUCUCAAGCACUCUUUUGCCUUUUCUGUUAAGUGGUAUACUUCCUGCAACAUUUGUAUACUGGAAUUUUCCAGUAGCUUCUGAGAAAAUGAGAUUUCUGACAGGGUAGCAAGGCACUUAAUAGUGCACCUUGUAGGUUUUUUGGUGAACGUGAAUCCGGUGUCUUCUAUGAUAAGUGAGAAUCUGCUCAGAGCUUAUACUCGGCAGAUUGUAGACUCUCCCCUUUUACUGUAGCCAAGUCAGGUCCCUUGCAGUAUGUUACUUAUGGGCUAGGGCUAGCCUACAAUCUUUUUUUUUGAUGGGAUUAGACCUCUCCUCUUUGGUGGAGUUGUUGAUACUUUAAAGGUUGAAAAGUCUCAACCUCUUAGGAACUUGAUUCCUGAGCAAAUUAUGUUCUUAGUGCUUUAAACAUUAAGAAAGUAUCUUUCAAGACUUUCUUGCUGUUGGACAAUCUUCACACUUAAGACUGUUCUUUACUGACCUCAGCAUAUAUUAAUUAAUUGGAAUAGUCUUUGGCUUUUGAUAUGGCAAGGAUCACUCUCAUUCCAUUGUUCCUCAAUAGGAAUAAUGGCUCAAGUGCUGAAGUGUUUCCCUCUUUCAGUAUUAACUUUUAACAUUUGAAACAGUUGUCUAGGAACUUUCUUUUGAUUUUUUAUGGGUGUUUUGGACUGUCACUGUCUCUGAGUAUGAAGUUGUUUCUCUUCCCAUGGUACAGAUCUGGAAAUAAUUAAGGGCAUGAGUGUAUCUUCCAGUGUUCACUUGAACCUUUCAGGUUUUCAGGUGAUGAGGAUGGGUGUCUGACAUAUCAGACUCCCUGUUCCUCAUUCUACCCGACAUUCUUCCCAAGGAAUUUUGCUCACAAGUUCAGAAUGCUGUUUCUUCAAAACCUGUGAUAGAUUCACUGAGCUCCUGUUUUGGACAAGCAAAGUAGUACCUUAAGGACUGUUUUGGACAAGCAAAGUAGUACCUUAAGGACUGUUUUGGACAAGCACAGUACCUAAGGGUAGUAUAAGUCUAGAGGUGAAAUUGGAAUGACUGAACUGAAUUACAUUCACCCAUAUUCACUUUUAAGGACAACCUGUUGGGCUGAAGGACAUCCUGGAGUCAGGCAGGCUACAGGGGUUUGUACUUCAGGAAUCCUUUCCCAUUUUGUGACCGACACGUGCCUCUUCUAUAAGAAGGGGGGAAGGGGAUGAGAUGGAGUUUAUUCCAGCACCCAGUUUUGGGUUUUACCAGUAAUGAACUGCCUUCUGAUAUGAAGUCUCUCACAGGAAACAUUGUGGUUCUCAAAAUAGUUCCUUACUUUAGUAAUCCCUUCUUUUUUUAUAAGGAACACAUAGGCCCAGGGCUCUACUAUUUUGGCCAACUUGUUUUGCCAGACCAAUAGAGGUUCAGAAGUCAUGACCUUUGCUUGCAGGGCAACCAAGAUCAUGGUAGUUUCAUGGUGGUUUGCAACUCUGAUCAAUUGAAGGGGACUGUCCCUCUACUUAAGGGAUAAGUAUGAUAGUUAGUGAGGGAGGGAUAUUCCCCCACUUCCACCUCCUUCCACCUGCCAACCACCUGGAUGACUAGCUUAAUACCAAGUUUUGACCAGUUUCCAGCUUGUGCUGAAAGUUACUGCUAUAUAAAAGGCUCUGGUAUGUAUACCUAGGAAAACUGCAAAUUGUUAUUCAAAAUUUUUUAUUUUUUGACAGCUCUUAAAUACUUUUCUCAUGUAUGAGCUUUCUUUUACAAUAUCAGUAGCAUUCCGAAGUUUGCAAUAAAACUAAGUACUA